UCAUGUCGGGAGGUGUGUACGGGCGUGCGGAGCGUACUUGUGUAUGUAUGGACACCGAGACCUCAUUUCCGGUAGCUGUCACCGAGUGGCUGCCCUGACUGAGUUGUAUCUAGGUUGCCGCCCCCCUUCCGUGGCUGAUCUUCGAGUCACCUCCCGCGAAGAAGCGACCCACUUACUAGAGCGCGCCCGCCUCCGCUCGCCUGUGCCAAGGAGGGAACUCAACGGCAGCGCCAGAGGCGCCCGCGGAUGGAUCGCUCCCAGACUAGCUUCCACCCGCCGUCUGGCGUCAGCGAGGGACCUGUUUCCCUCUGAGGGAGUUGCAUUGGCGGGCGGCGUAGUCCCAAGCGGCGAUUAGAUCCUUACUCGGCCAAGGGUCCAAUAGGAACCUUCGUCCUUUUCGUAGCAAAGCCAGCAGGCAAGGCAGGCUGCGUGCGCUCACCGCCUCCUCGCUCGUCAAGACCAGGUGUGUGACCUUCUUCCUUCCACGCUUCGCACAGUUCGACAUUGAAACUAGCAGUCCAGAAUUCAUGGUGAAUCCAACAAUAAGGAAGUGUGCCCACACAAUGGAAGGAAAACACAUGGGUACAGGUUUUACAGCUAGCUUUCUAAAAGUCUAUCAGAAAUGACGUCUAAUGAAUGCUAACAGACAUACUUCACCAAAAUGGUGGACACAGAAAGCCAGCUUUGUCCCCUCAGUCCCUUAAAGGAAGAGGAUCUUGAUAGUCCUUUAUCUGAAGAAUUUUUGCAAGAUAUGGAGUCCAUAAAGGAGCUCACACAAUCUAUAAGUGGGGACAGUUCAGGAGCAUUAAGUGUAACAGACCUUCAGUCACUGGGAAAUGGAGCUGGAUCUGAUGGAUCAAUCAUUACAGACUCUCUCUCACCAGCAUCAAGUCCUUCAUCUGUGCAUUUUGCCAGUGUUCCAGGCAGCAAAGAUGAACUGCCGAGUGCAACAUUAAAUAUUGAAUGUAGAAUAUGUGGCGAUAAAGCUUCAGGUUACCAUUAUGGAGUCCACGCUUGUGAAGGUUGUAAGGGCUUUUUUAGGCGAACAAUCAGACUAAAACUUACAUAUGACAGGUGUGAUCGCUACUGCAAAAUUCAGAAAAAGAAUCGUAAUAAAUGCCAAUACUGUCGUUUUCAAAAGUGCCUUUCGGUUGGAAUGUCUCAUAAUGCAAUUCGAUUUGGACGGAUGCCAAGGUCAGAGAAGGCAAAGCUGAAAGCUGAAAUUCUAACAGGUGAUCAUUGUGUAGAAAAUUCUGAAAUCGCAGAUCUUAAAUCACUUGCCAAGAGAAUUUAUGAAGCGUAUUUGAAAAACUUUAAUAUGAACAAGGUCAAAGCCAGACUCAUACUUGCGGGAAAAACCAGUAACAAUCCACCAUUUGUUAUACAUGAUAUGGAUACAUUGUGUAUGGCAGAGAAGACACUUGUGGCAAAACUGGUAGCCAAUGGAAUACAAAACAAGGAGGCAGAAGUCCGAAUCUUCCACUGUUGCCAAUGUACAUCAGUUGAGGCCGUAACAGAACUUACGGAAUUUGCCAAAUCUAUUCCUGGCUUCUCUAACCUAGACUUGAAUGAUCAGGUGACCCUAUUAAAAUAUGGAGUCUAUGAAGCCAUUUUUGCCAUGUUGGCCUCCAUAAUGAACAAAGAUGGAAUGCUAGUAGCCUACGGAAAUGGUUUUAUAACUCGAGAAUUCCUCAAAAGUUUAAGGAAGCCUUUUUGUGACAUCAUGGAACCGAAGUUUGAUUUUGCAAUGAAAUUCAACGCAUUGGAGUUAGAUGAUAGUGAUAUAUCUCUUUUUGUGGCUGCUAUAAUUUGUUGUGGAGAUCGCCCUGGCCUUGUCAACAUAGGACACAUUGAAAAGAUGCAGGAGAGCAUUGUGCAUGUACUAAAACUUCACUUGCAAAACAACCAUCCUGAUGAUAUAUUCCUUUUCCCAAAACUUCUACAGAAAAUGGCAGACCUCCGACAGCUUGUCACAGAGCAUGCUCAGCUAGUUCAGAUAAUCAAAAAGACUGAAUCUGAUGCACACUUACAUCCUUUAUUACAAGAAAUAUACAAGGAUAUGUAUUAAGGUUUUUUAUAUUAUAUGAUAUGAAAAGAGAAGAGCAAUAUUAAUAGAUGGGAGCAAACUACUUUGCACAAUUAUUUCUGCUGUGAUUUUAUAUCAAAGCAUUCAUGAGCUAAAAAGUAGAUAACUGGAAUAUCACAUUUCUCUUGCCAGGAGAAGAACUUUUUAAGUACGUAAGAGAAACUGUAUAGUACAUAUAAAUAUGGUACUUGAUUGACUUGAUGUGAUUGACUUGAAAUUUGAGCAACAGUGGUAAUAUAGUUUAUAUUACAAUUGAACUUACUAACUACAAAUACUUCUUCUGAAGUUUCUGCACUUUUAAGCCUUUAUCCCCUCAUCUUCAUUACUGUAAGAAAGCUAGCAGUUUUGGCCCAGAUCCAAAAAGCCUUUAUGUGGUGCCCACUAGAACUUUUGAGGUGUUUCUCCAACAGCAGCCCCCCCUGCUCCAUGAUCAAUUACAUUUAGCAGACUAGGAUAUGGCAGAUGGAAGUAGGGGGAUCUGCCAUUAAAAGACAAGUCUUAUACUACUGUUCAUAAUCCCUUUGAUCAGGGAUAGCCAACAUACUUUCCAAAUGUUGUGGACCACAUCGCCCAUAAGCCCCAGCUAGCAUGGCCAAAGGUCAAGAAAUCAUCAGAAUUGUGCUCCUCAGAGAGCACCACAGUGGCUACCUUUGCCUUAGAUGCAUCUAAAGUAGGUUUUUUAGAUCCUGUCCCUAUCUUUGUCAGAAACUUAGGCAUUUGAUACUGGAUGGCUUCCAUAGAGGAUGCAUUUUUAAGCUCUUUUUCUGCCUAAGGCUGCAAGCCUAAAUACACUUUCUGGGAAAUAAGUUCCACAGAACUCAGUGGGACAUGUAGUAAUGCUAUUUUUAAAAAAAUAAAAAUAAAAUAAAUUCCACUGGCACUCCAAAGCCCUUAAGAUCUCGGAAAAUAUCUUUAAUGAUAUACAGCCAGAUGUUCCCUCCUUCACGAUAAUUAUCAAACUGCUUAUUUCCCAAGUCAGUUUGCCUUUAGGAUAUAGGGGUCCAUCCAGGAUAGAUGAACAAUUUUUUAAAAAACCCUACUGUCAUGCAGAACCUUGACCUUGGAUAAACGUAUUUUUAAAAUAGCUUUAUAAAAAGCUGUAGGCAAAUUUGAUUUUAACCCACUAUUUAGUGACACAUCAAACAAUAGAUUACAACAGUGUUGAAACAGCUCACUGAAUACUGCUUCCAUACAACUUACACUGAAAAGAGGAACAGGAGUAGUGUGUUGCUUAGACUUAAGGAUCUUUCCCCUGAUCAAUAGCCUUGCUUCACUUCAGGAGCAAUAUUACUAAAUUGUUGAGUUUUUCUAAUAACGAAAGCUAGAAAAUAGCUAAUUAAGGUUAUGUUUAAGUCAGAUCUUCAGCAUUAAUGCAAAUUGUUGCAUAAGAUGCUUGUAUUCCACAAUCUGGUUAUAUAGGCAUUCUUUCUCCUGGAAUCCUGGGAACUUUUUUGAGGUGGGUGCUGUGAAUCUCAUACAGAAUUCUCAGAACUUUCACCAUUCCACAGUAAGAAUUCUUUGAGGGAAACCAUAUACUUUAAACUGGCAUAAAACAUGUUUGUAAUGUAUACCCAUAGACCUUAUCAUGUCAGAUGGUACACUUUAAGGAUCAUUUUUGAUGGAUACACGUGAAAGGCUGCAGAGUGUAUCCACUAAAACUGUAAUAUUUGAAGUGGCUGCAUGCUGCUGUUGUUUCUUAAUUCAGUAUACCAUCCAGGCGUACACAUCUGGUGUUUUUUAAGAUAUGUAGCUGCUUUGAAUGUUAUUUACAGGCUGCACACUGCAACUAGUAGCGCGUAUCUGCUAAAACUGUAAUUUAAAAGGUCCUCUGUAUUUUUCAGGAUGGAUUCAUCUGUAUUCUGUGCAAUAACACCCAUUCUGAAGAGAACUAUGAUACUUGGUAGUAUAUUUUAUAAGAUCACAGCUCAAGCUCUUUGAGAUUGUAAUCCAGCCUCCUUGUUUUUGAAAAGAAAACUGUUUCCAUUGGUUACUUUUGUGCAGCCCUUGUCUUGCAGUAUCUUCCACUAAAAUACACGUUUGGGGUUUGCAAAAGAGGUAUUUUGAUUUUUUUUUUAAAGUAUCUGAUUUUUCCACCUUUUGCAUUUUUAAUUAGUUUUUUAAAUGACUAGAUUUCUGCAGAGCCCAAAACAAUGGCCUGGUUCAGAUCAUCAUUCCUGACAUCAUAAACUGUGCUUUAUGAAGCCAGAAACAAGUAUUAGAAUCAAGUGCUCCUCCUUUGUCCCCCCCCUCCUGUUGUGCACCAGCUGUGGCAUAAUGAUCCUUGCUUAUAUUAAGCUAGGGUUAUUUGUUAUGUCUGAGCUGGAGAACGCUGGCUUAAUGUCAGCAAGCUAGGAUCAUACCUGCUUUAUAUCACAUUGUUUUCAAAAGUUGGCAUGUUGAUAUUGGUUUCUAACUGACCAAUCACUACACAAGACUUUGUUUUCUCUGUGUGGCCUUUCCUGCAAGUAGUCUUGAAUAAUUUAGAAUGCUAUCGAAUGCAGUUGUAGCAUGCUGUUUUGGUUUCAAUCCAGUGAAAAUCUCUAGUAUUUCACAGGUUACAACUAUGAAUUACAAGUGCUGAAAUAACUUUUGAGAGCCUACAGAAACUUCAGUUUUAUGUUAGUGGAUUUUAGGAAAAGUGCUGUCACAAAGCACGCUAGAAAACCACUUGCACUAUCAUUAAAGAAUACUCAGGACUGGGACAGUAAUUUAAGACUUAAUGAUAAAUAAAAUGUUUGUUUUCCAAAAAUCAUAUUGGCUACCUCAACAAAUUAUGAAAAAAAGCUACAAAUUAGAUUGCUUGAGAAAUAUGUAAUUUGUAUAUGAGCAACUCAGGGUGGCAAGUCCAAGUAAACCAGAAACAGUUCUAAUUAUACUUAUACCAUACAAAUGGAGUUCAAAGAUUUUUAUUUUAUUUUUUUUGCUGUGUAGGUUAGACAAAAUGACACUAUUUUUUCCACACUGGCAUCCUUGUUGCAUUGGUUAUUAAUUAUUACUUCCAUAUAAUGUGAGGGGUCCAGAGGGGAACUUUAUUGCCUGGACACCUGUGGGUGUAGUGCAUACUUGUGCACUCUGCUGAGGCAAGACUCCUCCCUCGCUUACUAGAGCACAUUGAGAUGGGUAGUUUUUUUGUUUCCCCCAUGUGAGUUCAUAAAGCUUCACAUUUUUCACCCUGCAAGCAAGACUUCAUCAGCCAUAUAAGUGGCUAAUGCAACUUUCCUGUACAAUGCCAUAGGUUGCUUAAUCUGCUUUUAAGUCCUGCUGUCAGCUGCCAAUGUUGUACUUUUUGUCUGUGUAGCCACACAAGUAUCUUAAAUCAUAGAAGAUUCCCUGGGAGGUGAGGCUGGACCUCUGUGGUGGGCGACCUAGCCUUCCUUCUCCUACCCACCCCCAACCUAACCAAAACCAGAAAAGCAAAUCACUACACUUGACUUCCACCAAAAGAAGAUGAGGGUGGGCAAGUACCUCAAGGUGCCUGGGCAGAAAUUGGCGCCACAUUGACACCCGCUUGCAAACUUCAGGCUUGCUUUCAAAGAGAUCACAAGAAAUUAUAGUAUGGCUGAGCUGUGGCCCAGUGACUGGAUUUUUUUAGACCCAUAUUUGUAGCUGUUACUUAUCUGUGCUUGGUUGAAUUCCUUCAUUUUGGCAUCUAGCACUGUGUGCAGAAAUUGCUUCACCACAGCACAUGUUGUGAGGCAUGGGGCAAGUAUUUUUUCUCCCUCAACCCAAGUCUCAAAUUGAGACUGUCAACUUCUACUUUAAUGGGACAAUAAGCAUAAUUGAGAUGUGAGCCCGUACUGACCUGUUUUGUCCUGUCUCUUCAAUCGGUAUAUCCCUCCACCCUCUGGGUUUCAUUUCAUGACAUUUUGUUGUGACAUGGAAAUAAUUAUAUAUGUUAAAUUUGCUAUUCUCUAUUGUGAAAUGAUUAAAAUAUAUCUGAUGUCAUGCUGCUAUUACUUAAUCAAACAUGAUAGGAGUUUUGAUCCAUUUCAUAUAAAUAUUGCCAUGGACAAACGUAUAGAAGAAAACUGAUGGGGUAACAAUUUGUAAAGAAAUUAGCUUGGUGUGUUCAGAAGUGUGAAAAAUUAAAUAUACAAAUAUUUUUAUUAAUUUGGACACCUUUCUUGGGAAGAGGAAAGAAUCAGAGCUGAGUAUUAAUCAUGGGCUUGUUCUAAGUUAUGUUGUAAUCAUAAUUACUAUUCAUGUGCACUCUUAGUACUUCAGUGAGUAAAGGGUACUCUAAUAUAACUGUUUACAAUAGUUAUAAACCUGAAUUUUUACAGUUUCAAGGAUUUGAUCUGAGGCUUAGCAGGAAUUUGACCUACCAGAUGACUUCUAUUGCUUAAAACCCUAGAUUUAGGUAUAUUUUGCACUGAAUUUGCACUGAAUUUGUAAUUAAAGCUUUUAAAAAUAUAUAGGGGGAGGAAUUUAAAAACCCAGCAAUACUAUGCAACCCAUAUAAGAUAGGACUUAUGUGGAAUUCCUGUGCCAGCACCAUGGAAAUGGGUGGGAGAUUUGCACAGCACCAUUCCUUGGUAGGUUGUGCCAUUUAAUGAUGACUUUUGAUUGCCCAAGAUAUAUCCUCUAUAUAGACAACCACCCCCAUACAGAUUUAGCAAGAGACAAAGCUAUGGAGUUAAUGGAGAUAUAUUAAAACAUGUUGGUCAGCAGUAAUUUAAAUAUUUGUGACUUUAGUUUUAUUUGGAAGCAUUAUAAUGUAUUGUCUUGGGUAGCAUGUAAGAUCUGCUCUAAUUGCUAUGCCUUUUGUUGAUUGUUAUUUACAGUGUAUAGUUUCACUUCAUGUUUAUCAUCAUAACAAUUUUUAAAAUGCAGACUUGAACCAGAGUAACUGACUGACAACAUAGCCUAUAACUUUAUUUAUCUGCCCUGUUUAUUUUUUCUAGUCUGAGGCAGCAAUAAUCUGUGAAGAGUUCUGUCAAAUGUAUUGUAACUGUAUUAUAAGCGUACUUUCUGAGCCCUUGCUUCUGAGUCUGUUGUGCUCUUGAGUCAUCCUACAUUUCUGAAGAUGUUUGUUGAAACCUAAUUAGAGAGAGAAUACAGCAAAGCAAGAGUUAGACAGGGAAGAUAACCAAGGAUCAAAUCUCAUGUAUACAUUUAGAACAGUUUUCACAAGUGGAGUCUUAUUAAUGGAAGGAUUUCACCCAAGGAUUUCAUGGAUGCUCAGUCAAUAUGUGCUUAAGUCUAAUAAAUAGAAUGCAAGAUAAACUUAAUACAGACAUGGUGAAUCGAGUAAUCUCCGAGAGUCAUGUAGGUUUUAAAAACCCUUUCUGGCUAAUGGCUACAAAAUAUCUGAAUGCUAUCAAUAUGUUAGUUAAGACAAAGGAAGAAAAUAUUAAUCUGAAACAUUUGUAACAUGCAUUCUGCACAACAAUUAAUUCAAUAGCAUCCAAAAGCUAAUUAGAGGUGUGUAUAUUUGAAGCUUCAUUGAGUUUUUGCACACAAUAGCAAAAGAAGCAAUAUACAAUAAAUCUGGGUCGCUUACAGAUUUGACAUAGAGAACAGACACCAGACAUGAUGGGCACAGAGAGACAGUCGUUUAUCUAACUGAAUCCUUCCAAAAAGUGCUCUGGAAGUCUGGUGGUUUAACACUUUAAUGCAAAUAUAUCAGUUACCCAGUGAAAAGUCAGUUAAUAUACAUUGCUUUACUUUGAAGGUAGGUUGCUUAAUGAGGUACUGGGGGCAAGAACUUCAGUUCCAGGUGUUUCUCUUUUCCCCUUCCCUUUAGGAAGUGCUAUACCCUUGAGAUCUUCCAACUCUGCCUUGCACUUGAGUAGCUAUGUCAAGACACCUUUUGAGGAACUUUACUAUUAUUUGUUCAAAACUGGGGGAAGGGAAACAACUCAGGUUCAUGCUUUAUGCAUGGGACAGAUUCAUAAAUGCACUCCCAUCCCCCCCAAACCCCAAUCACCUUAGGGUGUUGCUUGAUUCAUGGCCUGGUCUGACUUCCCUAUGUGGGUAACAUACCCAUGGUCUGUUUUUCAUUAUGGUGCUUAUACUUUUAGACUGCCACUAUCAUGUGAAUAUGCAUGGCACAUCAAUGCUUACACUGUGGAGCUACUGAGUCCUACAAAUGGGACUUCCAUGCAAUAUCAGCCAGGCUAUGCAUCUGCACUUUAGAUAUCUGAUAGAUCCCUCUGAGCCUAGGAACUCAGGCAGAGAAGAGAAAAGGGCUCUGCUUUUCUGCAUUUUCACACUUUCACCUGCUUUCUAAGUACAAAGAAACAAAAAUGUAAAUGUACUGCCCUCCAGUUGAUUCUGAUUUAUGGCGACCCUAUGAAUAGGCAGCGGCAUCACUAGUGGGAGUGUAGGGGUGUGCGGACAUCCGGUGCGCGCCCUCCGAGGGGCACGGACGAGGUGGCUGGGCUUGCGUGCACGCACGCAUGCACACACACUCAAGGCCAGCCACCCCGUCCAUGCCCCUGGGAGGGCGCACGCCGGAGGGCCGGAGAAGGCCUGGGAACGCCGGCGCACCUCCCUCACCCCGCCAACGCUGCUCCCGGUCUCGCCCGCCUGCCUGCCUCUGAGGAGGAGUUGGAGCAGCCUUGCCGGGCAAUGGCGUGGGGCGGGGCGGCUCUGGCUGCACCCUCUGCACCCCGGUAGUGACGCCCCUGAGAAUAGGGUUUUCAUGAGGCUGAGAGGCAGUGACUGGCCCAAGGUCACCCAGUGAGCUUCAUGGCUAUGUGGGGAUUUGAACCCUGGUCUCCCAGGUCGUAGCCCAACACCUUUACCACUACACCACAUAAGGGGCUGAGAAAUAUGUAGGCCUUUCACUAUUAAAGAGGCAAGAGAGCUUUUAAGAAAAGAGAAAUGCAAAUUAUAUCUGAUUUUGUAAGUAAAACACUUUAAAUAUUAAUGGAGGAAAACAUUCUGGCUUUAAUAGACCUUGUAAUCAACAACAAAGCAAUACUUAGCUUUUUUUGUAAUGUAAUUAUUGCAACUAUUGAGACCUUUGUGGUCUAGCACAAUCUGGAAUUUAUGUUGAGUUUAAAUUCAGAUCCUGGUCAUGGGCCAAUUUAGUCUUUCCUGAUAGACAAUAGGACAGAUUUUAAUCUUAAGGAAAUCUGGUUCUGGAUGGAUCAGCUAAAUGCAACUUCAGGCUACCAGAGAGAGGCUACCAGAAUUAAGGCAUGGGAAAUCCUAGGCAGGCAGAUAACCUCUUCUUUCUUUUUUAUUCAUUAAUGGCCAGUUAAUAGCUAUUUUUAUUGCUGGCUGAAGUGAUAGCUACAAGUUUAAAGCUGUGAAACAGAGCAACAGAACAACUUGAUUUUUAAAAGUUUUCCUUAGUUCUACUAUUUUGCCAUGUGCCUUUUGGAGUGAUCUGCAGGUUCAGAGACUUAAAUAAGCAUAUAUAAAUACUGCCAUUUAAAUUAAUAUUAUAGGUGAAAGUAGUUCUUUGAUACAACUGUAUAAAUAUGGAAUACAUUUCAUAUUUAUUUUUAGAUACCUGUUUUAAACUUUUAUCUUGGAGUACAUUCUAGUGAUAUAUGUACAUGACAGCUUAUGGGAAAUGCACCAGGUUGUCAAAAUUGUUGAAUAGGUUUAUGAGAUCAGUUUAAGUCAUCUUAUGUAUUUACGCUUACAGGAAGUGAAAAUAAGAGUGUGCCGUUUUGUUUUUUAAAUGUAGAAUUUGAACAUUCCCCACAUGUGGGAACGGACAGAGUGCCUUGGAGUGGGGGGUACUGAAGGAAGAGUUCAUAUUCUAGUAUGUAGUUUCUCUACAUCAUGGAGGACUGAUUUUUGUCUUCUGUAAAGUAUCACAAAUAAUGCAAUCCUGGGCAUCUGAAGUCAGUCUUGUUGUGUUCAGUGGGGCUUGUUCCCAGAUAAGUGUAUAUAGGAUUGUAAUGUAACUCAGGUUAAAUUCAGUAAUAGAAGAGCUGCAUGCAGUAGUGUUUAGAUGGGAGGGUGAAAUCUCUUUAGUAAAAUAUGGGUUUUACAGAGAGGUAAAACUGAAUUCUUCCCCUUUUUGCUUGCAAAAAUAAUCUGGUCUAUGCAUUUUAGAAUAAAAAUGCCCAUUAACCGAUUAUGUGAUUUUUAAUUUGACAUUCUGAUUUUCCUGUUCAGAGAACAAAGGACUGAAUAAUAAAAAAAAUGUAUUUGAGUCUACUAGGAUCUUCUCAGAAUCCAUCUGUACUUUAAACUCUUUGUAAAGAUUGAUGAAUGUAUGUAAAAAGGGGUAACUUCACA